GGUGGUGGCGGCGGUGGGGUGGCGGGAGCGGAGCGGCAUGGCCACGGCGGCUUCUAACCCCUACCUGCCAGGGAACAGCCUGCUCACGGCCGGCUCCAUUGUGCACUCGGACGCUGCCGGGGCGGGCGGUGGCGGAGGGGGCGGUGGCGGCGGCGGCGGGGCGGGGGGCGGCGGCGGUGGCAUGCAGCCCGGGAGCGCUGCUGUGACCUCCGGCGCCUACCGGGGGGACCCGUCCUCGGUCAAGAUGGUCCAGAGCGACUUCAUGCAGGGGGCCAUGGCCGCCAGCAACGGCGGCCAUAUGCUGAGCCACGCGCACCAGUGGGUCACCGCCCUGCCCCACGCUGCCGCCGCCGCCGCCGCUGCCGCCGCCGCCGCCGUGGAAGCCAGCUCGCCGUGGUCGGGCAGUGCGGUGGGCAUGGCCGGCAGCCCACAGCAACCUCCACAGCCGCCACCGCCGCCGCCACAGGGCCCCGACGUGAAGGGUGGCGCUGGACGCGAAGACCUGCACGCCGGCACAGCGCUGCACCACCGCGGGCCUCCGCACCUCGGACCCCCGCCGCCGCCCCCUCACCAGGGCCACCCUGGGGGCUGGGGGGCCGCCGCUGCCGCCGCCGCUGCCGCCGCGGCAGCAGCAGCAGCCGCUCACCUCCCGUCCAUGGCGGGCGGCCAGCAGCCGCCGCCGCAGAGUCUACUCUACUCCCAGCCCGGAGGCUUCACGGUGAACGGCAUGCUGAGCGCGCCCCCGGGUCCCGGCGGCGGCGGCGGAGGCGCGGGUGGUGGAGCCCAGAGUCUGGUUCACCCGGGGCUGGUGCGCGGGGACACGCCCGAGCUGGCGGAGCAUCACCACCAUCAUCACCACCACGCUCACCCGCACCCGCCGCAUCCGCACCACGCGCAGGGACCCCCGCAUCACGGCGGCGGUGGCGCGGGGCCGGGACUCAACAGCCACGACCCGCACUCUGACGAGGACACGCCGACAUCUGACGACCUGGAGCAGUUCGCCAAGCAGUUCAAGCAGCGGCGCAUCAAGCUGGGCUUCACCCAGGCCGACGUGGGGCUGGCUCUGGGCACGCUCUACGGCAACGUGUUCUCGCAGACCACCAUCUGCCGCUUCGAGGCCCUGCAGCUCAGUUUCAAGAACAUGUGCAAGCUCAAGCCACUGCUGAACAAGUGGCUGGAGGAGGCGGACUCGAGCACCGGCAGCCCCACGAGCAUCGACAAGAUCGCGGCCCAGGGCCGCAAGCGCAAGAAGCGGACCUCUAUCGAGGUGAGCGUCAAAGGCGCGCUCGAGAGCCACUUCCUCAAGUGCCCUAAACCCUCGGCACAGGAAAUCACUAACCUGGCCGAUAGCCUGCAGCUGGAAAAGGAGGUCGUGCGGGUCUGGUUCUGCAACCGGCGCCAAAAAGAGAAACGCAUGACGCCCCCGGGCAUCCAGCAGCAGACGCCGGACGAUGUCUACUCGCAGGUGGGUACCGUGAGCGCUGACACACCGCCACCACACCACGGGCUGCAGACCAGCGUGCAGUGAAGGCCCGCAGCGCGAAGAGGGCCGCCGCCGCCACCUCCGCAGCCGCUGUCAGCACCGCCGCCACGGUCGCCGCCGCCGCCGUCUCCGAGCCGCCGCCAAGAACCGCCGCUGCCGCUGCUGCCGCCGCUGCCGCCGCCGCCGCCGCUGCCGCCGCCGCGCAGACCCAGCACCUGGCCUGGGCCAGUGCGUCUCGGCCGCCUCCCCUCUGCCCAAAGACAGGCGUGCCAGGGCUCUAGGAGGAGGGGAGAACGACUGGGGAGACACCGACCGAGGAGACUCUUUUUGAAGUCCAAGGAAGGAGGGACCAAAAAAAAUUAAAGCAUAAUAAAUACCAAGACUGUUUUAUAUGCAUAUAUAACAAACAAAACCGGAAGAGGAAAAGGGGGCAACCGGGACAUGUCGUUUAUACUCUGGUGGUGUUUUGUUUCUAUUUUGAAAGAAGGUUGAAGAUGCCUAACGCACCGAAACUGCACUCUUGAGGUACUGUACACCCCGAGAUGUCCUUCAUGGCAUCGGUGGAGAACACCUGCUUCGUCCUCUCCUCUGAGACAAGAGAGACACCCCCCUCCCUUUCUUCCUCUUCUUCCUAAAGGGCUGCCUAAAAGAUCCAUGGAAACUUUAUUGGGAGCGACCUGAAAAGAAAGAUGCACCAGGUUUCGUGCAGGUCUGACUCUACUCCAGAACAGUGUUUUUCUUGGCCAUAUUAAAGUCUUUGGGGAAAAAAUAAAUCAACUAUGAAAUGGGAAGGAAGGAGAAACAGAGUCUGGGACGGGGGAGAAGAUUCACAAUUUCUGAAGUUCACAGACUAAAUAGAAAAGCCAAAAGAAAGCAUCCUCGCGGUAACCUUGGAAAUAAAAGCAGCGCGAAAGAGCCCGGGCUGGGCGAGGCUGAAGGCCAGGCACGUCCAGCCGCCAGCGGGGAGGGCACAGCAGCGGGGGCCAAGGCCCAGCCUUUGAGACCGCCCAGAGAGGCCAGGCCACCGCCACCGAACCCGGGCUUUGCCGACUGCCACUCGGGGUGGACCAUGCCUAAAGAUUCCACCGCUAAUAUUUUUUUUAUUAACAUUUUUUUAUUUUUUAUUUCUGGACUGACUCCGAUAAAAAAGGGUGUGGAAAGAGAGCACCAGCCGCCGCACUUCCCUUGACUUCUGCCCUCAAUCCGUUGCCAACUUUGAUUGAAUGGGUGCUGCGGAUGUGAUUAUGUAAUACUGCCAUUUCCAAGCAGUGUUUUUGGUAGGUUUUAAUAAACAGACUUUUCAAAUGACGGCAAUAUAGAAUCGUUAGAUCCGUUGUUGAUCUAAAAAUAUUUGCUUUAUAUUUUCAUUAAAUGACUUCUUUUAAUAUUUUAUUCAGAAUACUUAUGAACUGCUGCAAAACGGUAAUUUAUUUUUCCCCAGAUCUUGUAUUACGUGUUUUUUUCAGACGAGCACAAAUCAAAAUGAAAUGAAAAUAUGGACAGUUGUUAGGUAAUAAGGGUAUCUUUUGAUGUGAUCCUUUGAUUGUAAUUUAAUUUGAGUAGUGAUUCCGUAAGAGCUGAUUGAGAAAAUAAAUUUGUUAGAAUGAAAUAGUCUGUGUCUGAUGCAUCAACACUGUGUGGGAAGAAGAGUUCUCUAGAAAAUAUUUUUUUACUAAUGGAGAUCCUUAAGUCAUAGAGCAUCAAGGGAGCAGAGCUUCCCCACGCAAAGGUGUGUUUGGAAACCUCCAGAACAGGCUAGGAUUGCUGAAAACAUCUGUGCUUUAGCAAAAGAGGUUGUUCACUCCUUGUUGAUCCAUAAAUUUCCCAGUAUUUUCCUUACCCUCAGCUUCAGUGUCUCUAGUGUUUUUUGCUGAGCGAUCUAUAACUACUAGCCAUUUUCUUGAAGAUACCUGUUUUGAAUUGCAUAAUUGAGCUACAUCACCACUGAAAAUAAACCCACCCGGUCAAUCAUGGUAAAUACAACCCCUCAUAGUUCAGUCUCUCUCUCUCUCUCUCUCUCUCUCUCUCUCUCUCUCUCUCUCUCUCUCUCUCUCUCUCUCUUCUUACCCUCCAAUAUAUCCCUGUUUCUUUUUUUCCUAAAGAUCAAUAGUUGCAAAGGAUAGCUUAUAAAUCAUUGAAGUAUUUUAAUAUCAAUUACUCCCCAUUACUACCUAUAUGUAAUUAAAUUUCGGUUAUUAAGUUUAUGGUAAGCUUUCUUAUUCCUUUCUUGAAAGAAGACCUUGCAGAGAGCCCUGCUUGACUCUGUACUUGGAUGGUCACCAGCUCAGACUCGAGGCUGCCCAUUUCUGUGGUUUGGUCCUCCGGAAACUUGGUUCUUCACCUUUUCCAGUGCUGAGGGCUUUAGCUUUUCGGGUCACUUUUUAGAUCAGCCCCUGCAGAGUGGUCACAUUAAUCAAGUUAAUGUAUCAAUAUUUGCAACAUGGAAAGAUGAAAACCUAGUGCCUCGGGUUGUGAGUGCUAAAGAUGAGAAAGGCUCUGGUUGGUUGACUCCCUGAAUGUUUUUUUCUUCUUUAAAAACUGAGGGAGAAAGCAGUGAUUUUUACACAAGAGUUCCCCCCAUCUCAUUCAGCUACCACUCACCUUUUGCCUAAUUUUGUCGCCUUCAUUGGCCCACCCCCAUAAUUUAGAUUCAGGAGUCUAAAAAUCCUGGGAAACUAUAAGAGUAUGGAACAAUUAUUUCUCCCAGAGAGACACUAUAGCACAAACCAAGCCCCAGCCAGAGGGCCAUGUAUCGGGUGGCAUUAUUUUUGACACUAAAUUGCACUAAAACUCACAAUCAUUAUGAUUUGUGAAAUCUGAAAGAGCCCAUAUUUAUUCAGCAGAAGGGGGUUGUAGAUAAGAAACUACAUUUUACUUUUCUCUGGGUUGCUGUUUUCUGUUUCUCCUGCUAUUGUUAUUGCCCUUCCCUGGGAACAACUUGGUGUGGGGGUGGGGUGAGGCUCACCAUCAUUUUUCUUUUGGUGUUGUUACUCUUGUUGUUUGAGGGACUAUAAGAGUAAGCAAAGAAGACCUGUCUGGAAACCCAGGAAAAGGCAGGUUGGUUGUGAGUGGAGCACACCACUGGCAUAUGAGAGGAAUCGUGAGUUGGUUUUUUUGGAUGGGGGUGCUUUUUGUUUUGUUUUGUUUUGAUUGAUUGUUUUCUUCCUGGAAUAGUGGUGCUUAACUAGAAGGGGGAAUGGGUCUAUUUAAAUUUUUAGGAGGUCUCUACUUACUUGAUUUAGCUGAGGACAAGGGAGCUAACAAUUAGAUUUUUUUUUACACUGUUUUCUAUUAAAAAGAACCUUUGCUGAUUAUUUCGGAAGAAACCUUGAUUUAGGGGUGAAGAAGCUGGGCAAGCAAGGCAAUUUGUCAUUUUGCAUUUUGUAAAGGAAGCUGAUGACUUUUUUUUUUAAAAGUCAACCCUUUGAAUGUAUUUACAAAAUGAAAUUCAUGGUUGAAACAUGACCGAAAAGAUAUAAAGCAAGAGGUUUUGUGCUAAGGCUCAUAUUGUUACACAUGUAAAUAAUGAAAAUAUUGUUAUAUAUCCCCAGAUCUUCUCGAUGAAUUUGGUCAUUGUGUUCCGUUGCGGCACAAAUGUCUUGUGCUUCCUAAGCCUCCCAUUUGUUUCCUCCAUUGCAGUCGUCUCCUCCUCCCAUUUCAACCCAAAGGAAAGUGGCAAAGUUCUGUCCCAUCAACCUGGUUAGUUACAAACUAGGCCCAUUCAUAGUUCUCAUAGACUGUGGCUCCUGGGCUCUAGAGCCAUGAUCCAAGCCUUGUCCACCUCGUCCACCCAGUCACCUUCCCCUGGCAAUCCUCUCCAAUAAAUAAUUCAAGGUGUAUUUAAAAAUAUAAGUAAAUUUGCUGUUAUUGCUCUGCAUUUUUCCCUCCUUAGUAUUACCCAAGGACUCUCUGACUCUCUGUCUCUGUCUCUCUCUCUCUCUCUCUCUCUCUCUCUCUCUCUCUCUCUUAGAGAUUCCCUCUGCUUCCUUGUGGCCUCCGGUGUUUGCUCAUCCCAUGCUCAUGAUCUGUUUUGUAUGAAUGGUUUUCAACAUUCAGAGAAUAAUUGGUUCUUAUAUCAAAUGCAGUAUAUACUCUUCAUAGUUUUAUCAAUGAGUGUAAUAUUUUAAAUAAUUUUAACAAUUAAAUUUGCUUUUUAAAUUAUAUAUUUGUAAAGUAUUUAUCCUGUUGGAAGCAACAAUAUAUUGUUGUAUUUAUUCGUUUAUUUUUGUAAUAAAUGAUCAACGUCUUCAAGCUAAAUCAAAAAUGACACUUUUAUAUAUCUAUACAAAAUGCAUUUAAAGAGAUGGGCACAUUUGCACCAAUUUGUAUGUAAAUAGAGUAAGAGCCAUCAAUAACUUGUAGCUUUCA